AUGAGAAAAGAAUUGAAAUACAUCAUCUACGCGCACGUCAUUCUCGUCGUCUACCUUCUAUAUUUGUCAUUUGACUUGCUCACGUUACUACAUGACGACUCCUAUGCCGACGCAUUAAUCGAUUACGAGUUGAAUUCACAAAAAUUAGAUAAGCCACAAUUGAUACCGAAAAUUAUACAUCAAACUUAUAAAAACGAAAACAUACCUGAAAUUUGGAAACCAGGUCAACAAGCAUGUAUUGAUUUGCAUGAAGAUUAUCAAUAUAUCUUGUGGACCGAUGAAAUGGCACGAGAAUUUAUCAGUGAAGAGUUUCCUUGGUUUUUGGAAACUUGGGACAAGUACCCUUACAACAUUCAAAGAGCGGACGCCAUAAGAUAUUUUGCAUUGUAUCAUUACGGUGGUAUCUAUAUCGAUUUGGAUGAUGGUUGUGAACGUCGUUUGGAUCCAUUGUUGACGGUGCCUGCGUUUGUGAGAAAAACUAUCCCUACUGGUAUCUCCAACGAUGUUAUGGGAAGUGUGCCUAAUCAUCCAUUUUUCCUUAAAGCGAUGGAAUCAUUGAAAAACUAUCAACGCAAUUGGUUGGUUCCAUACAUUACCAUUAUGAUUUCAACUGGACCAUUGUUUUUGUCAGUUAUUUGGAAACAAUAUAAACGUUGGGGUGUACCUGAAGCCGGUAAAGUACGAGUUUUAAUGCCUCAAAAUUACAAGGGGUACCAAUAUUCGUUUUUCGCAAUUGCUCCUGGUUCCUCUUGGCACAUGAGUGAUGCCAAUUUUAUCAAAAGUUUGGCCAAUCACUUGGUAUUGGCAGUUAUCGGUGGAUUUUGUAUCGCCCUUGUCAUUUUGGGUAUUGAAUACCUUUUCUACUCAUUUAUCGUUUCCAGUUUUUUCAAAAAAUGUACCGCCAAAGUCGGUAACCUGAUUCUUGCAUUGAUCACUGGUAUUUUACGCUUUUUCAAUUUGGACAAAUUUGUUGAUUCGCAUUUGAAGGAUUAUACGUUUUUGUCUACGUCGCCGAUUGGAAAUGAUGAUGAAGAAUCUCAAUUGGGUGAAGUUAGACCCAAAAGAGGAAUUAGUUUAAAGAAUUUUCUCAAGAAUUCCAGUGUCAAACGUCGGUCUAGAAAGGAUUCCAACAUCCCUAUUGAAAUCGACAUACUUGAGAAGUUGGCUGAUGAUCCAGCAACGAUUGUAAUCACAAGUGACUCGGCACCAGCCUCAGCCUUACCGAAAGGUGUUGGUAGCGAGAAGCCCAAGCCCUCUUCGAGAAGCAGAAAAACAUCAGCAACUGCAGUCAAAGACAAGAACAAUUUAGAGGUUGUUGAAACUUUACGCAAAAUCAAUUCGUCUGAAGAGAGUGAAUUUGAUAACGAAGAAGAACUGGGUAAUGACUCCACUUUUGUUAAUGAAAUGGAAACGGAUGCGGAAUAUAUGCAAGCAUAUUCUGAUUUGAAUACCGAUGCUGAGGCCGAUGUUGAUACUGAUGAUUCUAGAAAAGGAUCUUCCAGGUAG